GCGCCCAGCGAUGGGUCUACAGAUGUUGCUGAAAAGCCGACGACGUUCCGAGCCAUCGUCGAAAGCUACCUCAAGCGAGAUGGAGACAUCGUCGUCAUGCCGGCAGCAACUCGAGAUCCCAGAGAUCCGAUGAACAUUUCGAAAUGGCACAAAAUCCUUGGACUAGGAUGUCUCUCCUUCUUCGGCGCAUUGAUCAUGUCCGCAGAAUUGAUCCUCGGUGCUGCGCUCCCCGUUUUCGCAAUUCAAUACGCCGGGAUUGACCCUUCGACGUUCUUGCCAGCCCUCGCCAAUACUGCUGGUGGAUUUCCCGCCGGAAGCAACCCUCUCAUGGCGCUCGAGUAUCUCGGUGGUCCUCCGAUUUUCAAGGUCUACUUCCUGGCAACCAUGCCCCUCCUGGUCAUUAGCGUCGCGAAUUUAUUCCUCGUGCCGUUGGGCAUCUCGAUCGGCCGUCGUCCUGUCAUCCUCAUAGCUGGGCUCGUCGCAAUUGCUGGAGCUGCGUGGGCAGGGGAGAGCGAUUCUCUGGAUACCCACAUCAUUGCACGUUGCCUCCAGGCAAUUGGAGCUGGCUCGGUUGAGAGUCUGAUUCCAUUCAUUAUUCAAGAUAUCGUGCCGGUACACCAGCGAAACACUUGGAUCUCGGCCGCGUUCGCCGCCCAGGGUGUCAUUAUCAUUGCGAUCGGCUUCUCGGCGCCAUUCAUGAUUGUCAACCUCUCCUGGCGCUGGAUCUAUCAUGCCACUGCGAUUGCUGCCUCAUUCUUUCUCGUUGGUGUAUUUUUCUUCCUACCUGAGACUCGAUGGUACCGCACCCGAGACGAAAUGGAUGGUAUUCCGCGCGAUGAUGCAGAGGUCCACUACCCACCGCGAACUUGGAAAACAAACCUGUCCCUGUACAAUGGUUUCCAGUUCAACAAGGGAGGCCAAGCGCUGCUUGACACAAUCUCGACCUUUUUCUACCCGUCCAUCUUCUUCGUCACCAUCCUCAAUGGAGCUGUGAUUGCAGGCGGGUUCGCCGCCGGAUUUUCGGCGGCUCCCGCUCUGCUUGUUCAACCUUGGUCGUGGCCCUUUCAAAACAUCGGUUUAUGCCUUAUUCCGAUCCUCAUUGCCGCUGGCUUCAUCGUCCUCGUUACUGGGCCUUUUGCCGACUGGACAGCGAACCUUGCAGCGAAAUCGCGGGGGCGACGACUUCCAGAGAACCAGCUCAUCAACCUCGCUCUACCAUGGGCAUCCAGCAUGCUUGGCACUUUGCUUUUCGGUCUUAGCGGUGGCAAUCAGACCAAGUACCACUGGAUGGUUUUCCUCCUGAGUCUUGCUUUCACUACGUUCGGCUUCCUGGGAGUAAGUACCAUCACGACCGUGUACGUUCUGGAGAGCUACCCGCACAUCGCGGGCCCAGUCUUGGUCAAUGUCGCGACGUUCCGUUGGAUUAUGGCCUUCUUUCUCAUCUUGUGGGCAUCGGACUGGAUCGUCGACCUCGGCUAUCUCCCAACCUUCUCGAUCUAUCUCGGCAUCAUCGCUUUCUCUGGCCUUAUGAUGCCUUUUGUCUAUGUCUUCGGGCCAUCAUGGAGGAAGAGAUUCUCGGGCGAUCACUUGGCCAACCGAAACUAUGGAAUCUGAUGGAAACGUCGUGUUGGAUGAUCCACUUGUGGGCCAACGUGAAACCUGUCUCUCUCAUCUCCGGCAAUACUUGCGGAGUGAUCAUGAUGGCUGGACGUUGUACAAGGCGGAUGUGUAUAUUUUCAUGAUUAAUGACAUGAACAUGAAUUACCCUC